GGUUGAAAGUGCAGUUAUAAAAGUAGAAUUAAACAAAAUUUGGUGAGGUGCAUAUUAGGGUUUAACGCGGAGGCCGAAAGUAUAGAGAACGCAUCACACAUCAGAGCAGAGGGGAGGUAGAGAGAGACAGAGAGAGGGAUGGGGAAGAAGAAAUCAAAGAGUUCAAGGAAAGGGAAGAAAGAAUGGAGAGCCAACAUAAGUACUGAGGAUAUUGAAGAUUUCUUUGAUAAUUCCACUAAAGAUGCUCUUUCUGGCGGUUCUCUCGCUCAACUUCCCAGUGAUUCUCUCUUUUACGUCGACAAAUCCACUGAUCUUUCUGUCAAACGGAAAAUUGAAAAAAAGCGGGAGAAAGUACUUCGAUAUGAAAGUAUGCUACAAAGGAAUGCCUUUGUUGAAGCUGUACCUUCUUCAACUGUGAAAAAGUCCAAGAAGAAAAGUAAAGAAGGUCAGAUAGCCAAAGAUACUACUGCUCAACCGGGUAAAAAGGAUCUGGCUGGUGGAGACUCUGGCAUGGUUGACAUUUGGGAUGAUAAAGGUGAACUGGUCAUCAAAACCAAAAAGAAGCCGAAAACUACUGUUAUACCUGCUGUGGAAGUUGAGCCUCCAGGAUGCUCAUUCAAUCCGCCGUCCGAAAGUCAUCAGGAUGCAUUAGCUUGUGCUGUUGCAGAUGAAAUGCAGAAAAUUUAUAGAAAUGAAUUGGGGCCGGAGCCUAUUCCAUUGGUUGUUCCUGGAGAAGCAGUUAAUGAAGAAGAUAUGUAUUUCCUUGAAGCGGACAGUGGGAGUGAUGUGGAGAAUGAAAAUCUAUUGGAAGACGGAAACACAGAUCUGGAGAAAAGAUCUCGAAAGCCCAAAAUGCUGACACAAGUUGAUAAGAAUCGACGGGCUAGACGCAAAGAAAAAUUGAAAGCAGAAACUGAAGCCACAAAAGCAAAGCAGCUCUCCAAAGAGAUUGACAGCUUACCGGAUAUAAUUCAAGAAAUAGAGAAAGAGGAAGAAGAAAAACAGAAAAGACAUCUGCGUCGUGUUACUGCUAAGAAAGAAAAACUAAAAUCUUGUCCACCAUGUUUGGGAAAGCGCAAGUUCGAGCCUACUCCUGCUCAGGUCUUAUUGUCUGAAGAGAUUACUGGUUCCCUCCGUAAACUGAAGGGGUGUUGCACCCUUGCAAGAGAUCGGUUUAAAAGCCUGGAGAAAAGGGGACUAGUUGUUCCUUCUAAAAAGAGUAGCAGGAAAUAGUCAUCAGAGUUAAUUGCGGGAUUACAUGGAUAAAUUGUUUUCAUGAUUGCUCUGAUAUCACCCUGUGCCCUUGGAUGAGAGACGCUCUAGACAGCAACGUCUUGGUUUAUGUCAAGCCGAUCAGAUACCCAGGAUCUGUUCCCACUAAUGCAAAUUUGGAGUGGGAGAGCUGACUGCUCUUAAUAUUAGCAAACGAGAUGUAAAUCUGUUUAUUUUACUGAUGCAUGGUUUAUCACACCGAAUAUUUUAUAGUCAUGGUUAUCAUUUGCUUUGGGAGCAAAAUUUUGGAGACGAUAAUUGACGACUAAAUUUGGCAAUGAGCAAAUACUAAUAUAUUUGGAGGUAGAA